AAUAAACGUUUGAACACUCUCGGUGCUGAUUGUUUGCUGACCUCUCAAUAAUCGUUGUUUCUUGCUGUGGAGUAAAGGUCUCGCUCGCUAACUGAUGUGAGUAUCAAAGGAAAAGAUUAUGGUUAAUGUUAUCGUGUACAGUUGAAAGAAUUGAAGGAAAGCUGUUCGUUAAGGUGGGAAAAGUGUACGGAAACCCGGGAGAAAGACCUACUGUUGUUUCGAAGGGUUAGUAAAACUAUAGAAACAAGAAAGGGGAUGUGGUAAACUCUCUGGUCAAUCCAGGAAAAACAUGCAUUUACAGGUCUCGUUUGUUAACUAUGUGAGAAAUGUCCGUUUGUCGUUGUCAGGAAAGAUGGGAGACCAUAAUGAGCUCCACAUUACCCCAGAGACCCCAGGAAAACCCUCCAUCAGAAACCCAUUUGAAAGUCCCAAUGACUACCACCACCUCAGAGAAGCCCUGGUGCCAAGUCCUUCUGUCUUCAAGUUAAAACCUUGUAAAGCUGUAAGUUUGUACACUUACCUACUGUGAGGUGGGGGGCAUGUCUUUUUUAAAAUGUCUAUUGGGGAGACCGGGGUAAGCUGAGCCAAAGGGUAAGUUGAGCUGACCCCUGUUGCUUGGAAAUUGUAAAAGAAAUUGAUCAUGUGACCAAAUGUUUAGGAGAUGGGCAUCAAUUCAUGGAGUUUGUGAAGGUUAGAAGCACAUGGGUUUUAUUAGAGUUGUGCUCACACCAAAGAGAUCAUUUUAAAUUUGUUUUAUACAUCAAUUGUGGUAUCUAUGAGCUACAACAUGAGGUCAAAAACCUACCAUAAAAGUCCACCAUUUUAGCUUAGAGGACUGACAAAGUCAUAAUAGUAGCUCUGGGGUAAGUUAAACCAGUAGCUCAACUGAGAGAGUAAAGGUGUCUGAUGAGAGGAUCAGAGUUUCAGUUCAGAUUGUUGAAAUGUGUUACUUUUCUUUUCAGAAAUACAGCUGUGAAUGUUCUGAAUAACUUAAAGACAUUCUCAUGUUAAAAAUGACUUUUUAUAAAACAGCUUUUUAGCAGUUAAAUGCAAAAAUAAUAAAAAUAAUUAUUGUACCAGUUGAAUAGCGUAUAAUAGCUAAAAAUUACACAUGAAUGUGAAUAAGUGACUGUUAUUUAGGGAGAGAGAAGUUGAGUGAGGGCUGGGGUGGAGAGUGGGGGGAUAGAAGGGGUACGGCUCAACUUACCCCACACACGGGGUAAGUUGACCAUAGGAGACCACUUUUUUGGCAUGCUAUAUUAUCAAGACAGUUAUGUUUACACUCAUUCUGUUGGUUUGCAGGGAUGCACAACAUCUUGAGAUAUAUGCAAAUACACUAGUUAGAGACAAAACUAUGAUUGUCUUAAUGUAGUGAUCUGAAAUAUGAAAAAUGGCUCAUCUUACCCCACUCUGCCCUAUGCUGACUUCCUCAUUUGUUCCUCCUAGACUCCUCCCAAGUUUAACUGGUCUAUUGACGAAAUGGCCAGUCUCCUCCCAGUACACAUCGACCCAGAGGAAAUCCAACGACAAUCUUUUUACCUCAGCCAGACAAGGUUCGUGCUAAUUCACUUCAGUCUCUAUAGUCACGGUCAGGUGUUCAGUAUGAAAUUGAUGCAGAAUUAGAAAUCCUUGAAGAUUAAAAACAAAAUCACAGCACUGCAUUGGUCAAGAUGGGCUUGGUUUGUAUGAUCUGAAGCUACAGAUGGAUUUACAAAACAAAUUGUUUUUUUAUCUUUCCAGGACAGAUUCUGACAUUGAGGAAAAGCGCCAGAAUGCCAUCGAACAGGCAUGCUAUUUCAAUCUUGUCAUAAUCUUAUUGUUACAGUAGUUACUCCAUCAAAAAUUUGAAGGUUAAUUUUGCAAUCAUGUCAUUUUUCCUUCUCCAAAUCAAGUUUUUCACCCAAAGAACCAUUGUUCCCUCUCCGUGGGCAGCACCAGACACCCGUAAAAACCCCCAGAGCAGUACAAAAAGUAAGUUAAUACAGCUUUUUUUAAAACUCAUCAGCCUUGUUUGAAUGGAUUUCUCUCCUUGUAAUUUGUUUUAGAUUAAAGUAUAUCUUUCUGUUUUGUUAAUUGAGCAUUUUGUGUUCUUGUUACCUAAUGAUGUCAUUGUACUCAUAGGUUAUGUGUCCCCAGUGAUUACAGUGGAAACACAAAAAGUAUCAGGUUGGUUUGUUCUUACAGAAACAGAAACAUGACUUGUGACAAAUGCUGCUAUAUGUCAUCAUCUUGACUUUAUCAUCUUGCUUUAUUAAUCUCUCUGUAAUAUUUUUGCUUCACAGUUGGUUGUCAGACGACUCUUACGUUACCGUUGUCUUUUGAUCUGGAGAAAAUACUAGGUAAGUGUUCAAAAUCUACACAUGAGAAUCAAAAAUCUGGUUUGAAGAGAGUUUUGGAUCAAAGCAUUGUGUUUGUCCCUCCUCUCUUCAGGGGAGCAUUACCGCCACGAAGAGGCAUGUGAUGCAGUGCAGGAGAGUCUCAGUUCCUCCUCUUUGAGGCGAAAACUCUUCCUCGAUGGCCAAGGCAGUUACAGCGGCUCUGACAGCUCCAGUCCUCCAAGCCCAGAGAGGAGCCAUGUCACGCAGGAGAGACCUUCUCUGAACAAAGGAGAGGGCGCUGCAGAGGUGGUUGAAGCUAUAUCAUCCAUGUUUGCUUCACCUUUGCCCUGCGGUGCAUCUGUUCGGAGUCGGACCCCAUCCACGGUAUGGGGAGAUGUUCAAGAAUGCAAAUGCUUAUUCUUAUUUACGUCAGUUUUGAAGCACAUUAUUAGCGUUGAAUAUUCUCCUUAAGACUAGUUUUGUUAGUACAAGUAAGUUUGAAAAAGAAAAACAUCCUUUAUCUACCUUACUUUAUGGCAUAAAUAAAUUUGUUUAUAUACUGUAUUUUUAAAAAAUCAACUACUUCACAUGCUUAAGACAGAACAAUGGAACAGCAAAUGGAUUUAACUGUUUUGUAGGAUUAAUUAACUCUUAAAAUGUUGACUAAAAAUAAAUCUGCAUUUUUUAACUAUAGGGUCAGUUCUCAUCUAGUCCCAUCCAGCAUGGCUGCUUCAGGGACUGCAGCCUUGGCAGCAUCACCAGCCCUCUGUUCCCUGAUGGGUCGUCUCCUGCUGGCCUCGCCUCCCCUACAAUCUCUCCAAUAGUUGCACAUACAAUACGCACACCCACUGACUCAGGUAGAGAGUUACAUUUUUGACAUACCUUCAGGAUGUUCGAUUAAUUCUUCUUAAAAGUAAAACUAAACCUAUUUUCUUUCUUUAGUUGAGAGGAAGCAGGCAAGCAUUCUGACUCCACACGGCGUUCCCCUGAAUGUAGACAUCGCUUCCUGCAAUGAGAGCCCGUUUGUCGAGGGUUGCUCUCCCAUUCGUAGCUGCUCGCCACACCAACUUCAAGGCAAAAAUGAACCACAACCCAAUGGCAGACCAAAGCCCCGGCCCCGAGUCCGCUGCUGGGCGUCUCCUCCCCUUAUCUCUCCGAUCAUCAACCACAGACUCCAAGACAGUCAGGACUCUGAGGAGCAUCUCCCCUCCUCUUCGUCCUCCUCCAUUUCUUUACCCCUUAUGGAGCUUGACCCUUCUUCCCCCUUGCCUCGAAACUCUCAUCCUGCUGUCUCAGAGAGAGUAAGUCCAGAUCCUAUGGAGCCUUUAAAAAUGGAGGAGGAAGACAAGGAAAUGGGGAUGGAGGGGAGGUUAGAGGAUGAAGAGGAGGAAAGUGGAGGGCCUUCAGGACAGCUGACAAGCUCUCGUAUGGGAAAUGUGUCAGCAACAGAAAGCUCUCAGAUGUUUGUGUCUCUCCUGGCAGAUGGAAGCAGCAUACGCUAUGACUCCAGCAUGCAGGUUUGUGUGACCAUUGUCAUUGAUACACAACUCAAGGAUUCUCUAUCCCCUUUUUGUUUUGUUUCUUUUACUGUACAAAGAGUUCCUUUUGGUGGCAUCAUAUUGUUCUGUUUGUCACAUGGAGUAUUUGUAAUGAGCUGAUUUUUUUCAUUCAAAUUUAGGUGGACAGCGGGUACAACACAGCAGGCACAGCCAGUCUUAUUGAUGGCCUCAACUCAGACUGUCACAGCAAAGAGUCCUUCAGUUCGAACCUCGCCGACGAUGGCUUUCAAGUUUCACGACACGCUAAAGUAAAGGUACUGCUUACCCUCUCAAGUCAAUCACAGUCUUAGAUACAAGCAUACGUUUGUCUGUUUUAAGACCUAGUUUACUGUUAUCAAGCACCCUUUAAAAUUGUUUAAAAUUUUUCCUCUACAUUAAAAAUCCUUUCUUGUUUUGCAGGUUUUCUAUCCUCACCACCACGCCCUCUGAGUAAUGGGUUAAAAGGGACGCCUCCACCUAUGGGAGCUUAAACUUUUUGUUUUAUUUUUGCAACUGUAUACUACAAAGUUUACACUAUUCCCGGGAGAAUUUAUUUAAAAGGAAUUUUUGUUUAAGGUGCAUGGGGUCCAAUUAUAUUUGGAGCUUUAAGAGAACAAAAGGAACCUCACAAAUGGUUAUAAGAUCUUUAACAGUUUCAAAGCUUAUAAUUAUUGCCUCAGCUUUUUUACAGGAGGCAGAAGACUAACAUUUCGUCCUGUUAGGUCCACUGUAAGACACUGAAAAGCUCACACUGUAAGCAAUGAGUCUGUUUGGAUCCACUCUGCUGGUGCAGUGAAGGAUGAGGGGAAGAAGUAUAUUUGUGUCUUAGCUGCUCAGCAGUAACCUCAUAAAUGCUGUAUUGAUGCGUAAACUAUCAUUUCAGUUUUCUCUCAUGCUGAUCUGAUGAGAGCCUGACUUUCAGAUAAAAGAUAUGAAACUGUAUGUUUUUAUAAAACUUGUUUUAAUUUGAUGAAAGCUUUCUAUUUUUUAUCGAGUGACUGAUUAAUUCCGGUUAUCUGUGGAUCAUUUUUGGAUUGUUAGAAGAAUAUAUAUUUAUUCCUGAAUAAUGCCACUUGUGAGUUUAACACUGAUUGAGCCAAUUUGUUUCCUAUAUUUUAUAUACUUGAGGGCACAGGCUGCAUUAUUGUCGCAUUAAACAAACUUGAAAUCUUCUCUGACUUGAAUCCUAUUUUACUAUUUCGUUUGGUGUAACCUCAUUGUUUGUUUUUCUGCUGCACACAGAUGUAACACAUUUACAUCAGAGCUUGCAAUAAAUUUGUAAUUGUG